CACUCUUCUUACUCAUUCAACAGAAGAAGGCAGUCAGUCUGGAAGAAUACUGCGGCGGAGAGAGAGAGAGAUGACGUCGACAGAAUUGCAAACUUAUGGGGAUAACGGCGGCGUUGCUUUGACAUGGAAGGAUUUGAAGGUAAGGGUGGUGGGUGGUGCGCCGCCGGAGGAGAAGGAGAAGGGUCGGUCCCGGUCCAUUCUGAAAGGGAUAACUGGGUAUGCUCUCCCCGGGGAGUUGCUGGCCAUCAUGGGGCCUUCCGGCUCCGGCAAACUGAAUUCUAAUACCCGCCAAGCUGGGGAGAUCUUAAUCAAUGGCCGCAAAGAGACACUAGCUUUUGGAACCUCGGCGUACGUGACACAAGAUGACGCGCUGAUGACGACACUGACGGUACGGGAAGCCAUAACCUACUCCGCGAUGCUCCAGCUGCCGGACGCGAUGCCGGAGUCGGAGAAGAAACGGCGGGCGGAGACGACGAUCAGGGAGAUGGGGCUUCAGGACUGCAUCGACACCAGGAUCGGAGGUGCCUGGUCGGCGGCGAAAGGGCUGAGCGGCGGGCAGAAGAGAAGGGUGAGCAUCUGCAUCGAGAUUCUGAUGCGGCCCAAGCUGCUGUUUCUGGACGAGCCCACGAGCGGACUGGACAGCGCGGCCUCGUACCACGUGAUGAAAAGGAUCGCCCACUUGGGCCGGCAGGAGGGCAUGACUGUGAUUGCGUCUAUUCACCAGCCUGCUGCGGAAGUCUUCCAGCUGUUCCACAACCUCUGCUUACUGUGCUCGGGGACUACUGUGUAUUUUCGGCCUGCCGCCUUGGCCCAACAGGUAGCUACCUACCUACUUUUGUUUUGGAGUAACCUCCUAGUUUUACUAGAUGCAUUCAAUGUUUGGCACUUUGGGGUCGUCUAGAGAGAAAAAGGAAAGAUUUUCUUUGCGAUAGAUAUUUCAUAAUGGAAUAGCAAAAUACGAAAUAAUAUAAUCUUUGCAGAUCAUACCAUAUUAAAAGGAAAGAUAUAUUUACAUGUGACAUUUUAGGCUGCAGCUCAUAACAUAUUUACUAAUUUAAAACUCUUAAAAAUGUUAGACUAACAAUUCUACACUCAAUAUAUUAUUUGAAUCGCGGUCAUUGACAAAAAAAUUAUCAACAUGUUAGCAAAUUCACAAAAUUGGUCUUUCUUUGAAACCUUAGUUUUUUUUAUGUGAAAUAAAAAAAAUAGCAUUAUAACCAGACCACAUACAGGAAACCCUGCAGCACCUCUCAAACUUUAACAACGUUCAUAUAAGAAGAAUUACAUACCACUCCUAUCUACAUUACUGCAAACUAUCAAACUCUAGUUGAAGGGCAGGAUCUUCACACACUCGAUAGAGUACUUCAUCGUGUAUCAACCUUACCAACGUAGCAUGAUCUUUUAUCACUUUUGACCCAUACAUCCAAGCACAGCUCUCACGCCAUAUAUGACUCAUAACAGCAACCACAAAACUCUGCAUAAUCGUGACUUAGCAUUCUGCACCUUCCAUUCCCUUGCACACCAAGCUAUUAUCUCUUCCCAGCUCCGUACAACUGGUGGUGAUUGGCUUUUCAUACACAGCUUCAACACAAAUAUUGAGUACGGACAGUGCACAAGAAUAUGAUCUCUACUCUCCUUACCUCCUGGGCAUAAUAAACGACAACCAGAAACGUUCUUGCCCCAAGAUAACAGGUUAUCCUGGGUUACCAGCCUCCUGUGAAUAGCUAGCCAAAGAAUCAAACCAUGAUUACGGAUGACUUCCUUCGCCCAAACUAACCUCCCCCACAACACUUCUUGGUUCUUCUCCCUGAUGUCAUUCCACACCCUAGACACCGAGAAUUUCUUCAUUUGCUCCCCCUGCCACAGUAUACAGCUUCCAUUUCCAGUUACAAAUGGAUAAGCAGUUGACCUGCAUUUCAAUAGUCGUUUCCAGAUCCAUGUUCCUGCAGAAGAAGCUAGGAUUUCCCAAAUACUUCUACCUUCCAACCUGUAUCUAGAUACCCAGGCAACCCAAAGAGAACCACCCAGUUGUAAGGAUUUCCCAUAAAUGCCGCAAGACACAAGCUUUGUUCAAUACACUAAAGUUUCUGAUGCCUAUUUUCCUACUUCCAUCUUCAGCUGAAUCCCACAAGAAUUCAUUACAUAAUCUCUCCACCUCCUUGAUAACAUAUUGAGGUAGCAAGAAGAUAUUAAGCCAGUACUGAAGAGUGCUUGAGAUGACAGUUGAUAUAAGUCGAAUUUUCCCAGCAUAGCUUAAUAACUUUGACCUCCAGCUUCUCAAUCUCUGCGUUAUCUUAUCCACUAGCACCUUACAGUCCUGCCUUGUGAGUUUGCCUGUGAUAAGUGGUACUCCAAGGUACCUCACUGGAAGUGUACCAAGAGGAAAUUCAAUAAACUAAGAUAUUGUAUUCAUCUCUUCCUUUGGGAUUCCAGCACAGAAAAGUUGACAUUUAGCUGGGUUGCAUCUCAGUCCAGAAAGCUUAUAAAAGCUAUCCAUUAAC